AGGAGGAGGAGGAGGAGGCCGAGGCCGGUGCUGCACCGUGAUGGUGCUGCGCGGUGCGGUGCGGUGAGCCGGGGUCCGGGGAGGAGGACCGACCACGUGCGCCGCCCCGACCUCCCCCCCCCGGCAGCCGGGACCCCCCACCCCCUCCGGACACCCCCAGCUGUGAACGUGGCCGGGAAAUGCGGGUGUGAAGCGAGGAGUCCGGACCGGCCAAACCCCCCCGCAGCCAGGAGAAGAAAUCUGGAACCGCCCCGGUCGGGGAUCGCCCCCCGAGGGGGGCCGAGAGGCUCCCCCCGGGACCCCCGGACCCGGCUCCGUCCUUAGGAGCUCGCUCUUCUCUUUAUUAUUAUCGUCCUUCUCAUUUUUAAUCUCCGCUCCCCCGGUGGGGGGGAAAUCGGCCAGAACCACGGCUACGUAACGGAAGACGGGCGCAGGAGGAUCCCCCCCGCCGCCCCGCAAAAAAAUCCACACAUGGACUGAAAAAAGCCAUUUUCAGCUCCAGAUCGGCUCCCCGAGCCUUGCGGUCCCCUCCCCGGUAAACUUCGGGGGCGGCCGGGGGGGAGAGGGGGAAGACGACGACCUCUUUCCUUUUUUUUUUUUCCUCUUCCCCCCCCAAAAAUUUGAAUUUCGCCGGGCCGGGGUCCGGGUCCGGGGGGGGAGCCGAGGUUUCCUCCCCCAAACAUGAUGUUUCGCGACCAGGUCGGGGUGCUGGCCGGGUGGUUCAAAGGCUGGAACGAAUGCGAGCAGACUGUUGCUCUGCUGUCGCUGCUGAAGAGGGUCAGCGGGACCCAGGCCCGCUUCCUGCAGAUCUGUCUGGAGCAUUCCAUGGAAUCCUGCACGGAGCUCCACGUCCUGGAAGGGGAAGCCAACAGUCCCGGAAUCAUUAACCAAUGGCAGCGGGAGUCGAAGGAUAAAGUCAUCUGCCUGUUGCUGUCUCACCUGCCCCUGCUGAAGCCGGGCAACCUGGAGGCCAAAGCGGAGUACAUGAAACUGCUCCCCAUGGUGCUGGUGCACUCCAUCGAGCACAACCAGCACGUGGAGCAGAGCCGCCAGCUGCUGUCCUACGCCCUCAUCCACCCGGCCACCUCCCUGGAAGACCGCAGCGCCCUGGCCCUGUGGCUCAACCACCUGGAGGACCGGGCCGGCGGCCCGCCCCGGCCCCGCUCGGACUCGGCCGACCCCGGCCAGGCCCCCGGCCGGACCCCCGCCCAUUACCACCACCACCACCACCACCAGCGGCAGAACUCGGACGACCGGGCCAACGGCUGGCGGGACUCGCGCGACUCGGGGAUCUGCCUCGGCCCGUCCGGCUGGCGGGACCGGGGCCCGGCCUGCGAGGACGGCCACGGCGGGGCCCUCUACUCUUCCUCGUCCGUCCCCGCCACCAUCGACGCCGUCGGCACCGGCACCAUUCUCUCGGGCCAGGCACACCACAGCCCUUUGAAACGUUCUGUGUCCCUUACCCCACCCACGAACGGGCCAAACCAGCCUCUAGGCCACGGAUGGAUGUCUCAUGAGGAUUUGCGAGGCAGAGGAUCUCAGUGCACCCCUCCCGAUCACGCCCCCCUGUCUCCACAAAGCAGUGUAGCCUCUUCGGGAAGUGGCGGGAGCGAACACGCAGAAGAUCAGACCCGCGGGCCUAACACAUUCCGAGAAGAAGGUAGUGGGAUGAAAGACGUCCCCGCGUGGUUGAAGAGUCUCCGCCUGCACAAGUACGCCGCUCUGUUCUCUCAGAUGACCUAUGAGGAGAUGAUGGCGCUCACCGAAUGCCAGCUGGAGGCUCAGAACGUCACCAAGGGGGCGAGACACAAAAUCGUCAUCAGCAUCCAAAAGCUCAAAGAGAGGCAGAACCUCCUCAAGACCCUAGAGAGGGACGUCCUAGACGGCGGAAACCUGCGCGUGGCCCUGCAGGAGCUUCACCAGAUGAUCCUCACCCCCAUCAAAGCCUACGGCUCCCAGAGCCCCCCCGGAGACGCCCCCCAGCCGCGACGCCCCGCCGAGGGGAAGGAAGCCGCCCCCGCCGUCGCGGGGCCGGGGCAACCGCAGCAGCUGAGCGGCUGCGAGGGAGAGACGGCGGCCAGCCCGUUGGCCGAAGGGGACCUGCCCGGGCAGUUCACCAGGGUCAUGGGCAAAGUGUGUACCCAGCUCUUAGUCUCCAGACCCGAUGAGGAAAAUAUAAGCUCCUAUUUGCAGCUCAUAGACAAGUGUCUAAUUCAUGAGGCUUUUACGGAGACCCAGAAAAAGAGAUUGUUGUCAUGGAAACAGCAGGUGCAGAAGCUUUUUCGGUCCUUCCCUCGCAAAACCCUCCUCGACCUGUCAGGAUACCGGCAGCAGAGGAACCGGGGGUUCGGGCAGUCCAACUCCCUGCCGACGUCCGGUUCGGUGGGCGGCGGCGGCGGGCUGGGUCGACGGAAUCCCCGCCUGUUCCAGCUCCCCGCCCGGAACCUCCCGACUCCUCGCCUCGGCCUGCUGGGGGCCGGGGGCUUCCUCGGCGCCGCCCCGCGCCCCGCCGGACCCGGCGCCCCCGGCCUGAAGCCGGGAAGACAGAGCCUGUGGUUCGCCAACCCCGGGGGCAGCAGCAGCGUGCCCAGCCGCACCCACAGCUCCGUCCAGCGGACCCGCUCGCUGCCCGUCCACACGUCGCCCCAGGCCGUGCUCAUGUUCCAGCCCCCAGAGUUCCAGGUUCCGGUGACCGAGCCGGACAUCAACAACAGAUUGGAAUCCUUGUGCCUCAGUAUGACCGAACACGCCCUCGGGGACGGAGUGGACCGCACCUCCACCAUCUAGAGGCGGCCGGACCGACCGUGGGCAUCGCCGGCGGGACGUCGGCCGCCCGAAAUCGCUCGCCUCCGGCCUCCCCCGCCGCCCCCCAUCCUUCCCCCCCGCCCUCCCUACUGCCGCCCCCCGCUGAUCCUCCCCCGUGGAGGGUCUGUGAGAGAGAGGGUCAGGCUGGUAAACAUAUCGUUAGCUCCAGAGGCGGGCGCCUCCCUCUCUCAUUGCCAGGCCCCGCCGGCGGACGGGAGGAGAGGGACCCCCCCGCCCCCACCCAGACUCCCCCAGAUCCCUUCCAGUCCCCCCGAGCCGUCGUCCUUGCGUCCCCCCCCGGCUCCUGCAGACCUUCCCCCGGCGGCCCCGCUUCGGGAGCGAGGCCUCACGGACGAGGCGCGCUGCCGCCCGGAGGACCCCCGGCUCUCUCUCUCCCCCGAAGACCACCCAGAGACCGCCCAGGGGCCCCUAGAGCCGGGAGGGCACGUUUCCCCCCACCCCCCGACCGCCCCCCCCGGUGUCAAACUCUGCUGUGUGUAUUGUUUACAUGAGGACUGAUCCGAAGGUACAUGACGUGGGGCAGGAGGGCCGUUCCGCCGUGGCGUCAGGCCGCAGGUGGCGGCGGCGGCGGCGGUGGAGGAUCGGGGGGUCGGCAGGGGCGGCAGCGGCGGGUUUGUCGCUCCAUCUCUAUCCCAGCAGCGGGUUUGCCUUUGCCCGGGAGCUGCCGGGCUCGGCUCCUAGGGCCGGACGGGGUCAGGGAGAGCGUGGAGCUUCGGCGGCCCGGGCCGGCGGCCGGAACCGAGGUCCGGAGGCCCCGGGCCGUUGAAAUGGGAUCGUGGAGGAAGGGGACGUCUCUGUGGGGGACGACGAACGGCUCCGGAGUAGCCGGAGAUCCGUGGAGACCUCGGCGGGCUUCCUCCUCUCUCCCUCCAUCCCUCUUUUCUUCCCUUCCUCCCUUU